UUCUCGUUUUACUGGCAAACAUACUUUGCUACUUCUACCACAUAAAUAGGUAAACAUCGUCUGUUUUCUUCAUAUAAAUCGGACCCUGAAAAAACGCAUUCCCCACAGAACAGAAAGAAAUAGAGUUAAUUAAAAAUAUUGUUAUAACCUCACGGCUAUAUUCACUUUUAUGACUAAAAAUUUACAACCCAAAGUGUCAUCGAUGGCCACGAAGAGACCAUGUAUUGCAUCUGGCAGAAUCUCUUGCUAUUUGCUAUAUACGUAGCGAUUAGGACCCAGAUGAUUAUCCUAAUUAAUGUCUGUCUAAUUAAAUUACUGUCACAAGCUAACCAAUAGCAAAAGUUGUUUCAUUAGAGUUGCUGGCAGAAAGAUCAAAAGCGGAUCGCUCCUGAUUGCAGCAUAGUGUCAAUUGGUUAAUUUGCCGUCUAACAAAAAAGUAGCUCAAACCAUAGGAAGGCGUUUUCUCUCUAGCUGGAUUCGUGGGGCGUUAAGUUAGGCGAGUGGAUAUUCACAAAGGUUGCGUGCAUCGCUGUUUGCAACUGAACUAUGCAGUUGGAACAUUGCAUCUCGCCAUCAAUCAUGCUCUCCAAGAAAUUUCUUAAUGUGGGCAGUGGCUAUCCCAACACAGACGGAUCUGAGCUCGCAUUGCAGGACCAUCCUAUUAUAGCCUUAAGUGACAACCUGGAUAGAAGUUCACCUCUGAAAAAAAUUUCCAGGGGGAUGACGAAUCAGUUAGAGGCAGACGAUUUUCCUGACUCCAAGGACGCACCAGGGGACGUCCAGAGAAGCAAAGUCUCUCCUGUUCUGGACGGAGUCUCUGAAAUUCGUCACAAUUUCGAUGGAUCUGCUGCAGAAAGGUACCUUCUGUCUCAGUCUAGCCAAGCCCAGCCAGUCUCUGCUUCGCCUACUGCCAUGUUUCCUUACCCAAGUCAACAUGGACCAACGCAUCCAGCUUUUUCUAUUGGGAGUCCGAACCGCUACAUGGCUCAUCACCCGGUGAUAACCAAUGGAGCGUACAACAGUCUCUUGACCAACACCUCUCCACAAGGUUACCCAACCGCGGGUUAUCCUUACGCACAACAGUAUGGACACACUUACCAAGGGGGCGCUUUCUAUCAGUUCUCCUCGGCGCAAGCCGGCCUCGUGCCUGGGAAAGCUCAAGUCUAUCUCUGCAACAGGGCUCUGUGGCUAAAGUUUCACAGACAUCAAACAGAAAUGAUAAUCACCAAACAAGGGAGACGGAUGUUCCCAUUUUUAAGUUUUAACAUUUCUGGUCUUGAUCCGACGGCACAUUACAAUAUUUUUGUGGACGUAAUUCUGGCUGACCCCAAUCACUGGAGAUUUCAGGGAGGAAAAUGGGUUCCAUGUGGCAAAGCGGACACAAAUGUGACAGGGAAUCGGGUAUACAUGCAUCCAGAUUCUCCGAACACCGGAGCGCACUGGAUGCGCCAAGAAAUAUCCUUUGGAAAACUUAAGCUAACAAAUAACAAAGGAGCGUCGAACAAUACUGGGCAGAUGGUGGUGUUACAGUCACUGCACAAAUACCAACCCAGGCUGCACGUAGUGGAAGUGAACGAGGAUGGAACCGAGGAUUCCAGUCAACCCGGUCGAAUUCAAACGUUCACUUUCCCAGAAACACAAUUCAUAGCAGUCACUGCUUAUCAAAAUACCGAUAUUACGCAGCUGAAAAUUGACCACAAUCCGUUUGCAAAGGGGUUUCGGGACAACUACGACACCAUCUACACAGGCUGCGACAUUGACCGGUUGACACCGUCGCCUGGUGACUCGCCUCGCUCUCAGAUCGUGCCUGGUGCGAGAUAUGCCAUGGCUGGUUCUUUCCUGCAGGACCAAUUUGUCAGCACUUAUGCCAAAUCCCGCUUCCACCCUGGCGCCGGGACCGGUCCUGGCACGGACCGCAGCGUCCCACUUAGCAACAGCUUGCUAUCCCCGCAACAAGCCGAAGAGACCGCAGCAGCCUCCCCGCAGCGAUGGUUUGUCACCCCUGCCAACAAUCGACUGGACUUUGCCGCCUCGGCAUACGAUGCCGCUGCCGCGGCUGAUUUUGCCGGUAACGCGGCCACCCUGCUGUCUUACGCAGCUGCUGGAGUCAAGGCGCUUCCACUGCCCACUGCGGGGUGUUCAGGUAGACCUCUGGGUUAUUACGCCGACCCCUCGGGCUGGGGCACGCGCACUCCACCCCAGUAUUGUAGUAAAUCCAGCUCAGUUCUGUCCUGUUGGCCAACAAAUUCCGCUGGGAGCAGGACUGGAACCUCAAAUUACCUGGUGGAUGAGGGGGACACGAUGACAACGGAAAGGUCUCCACUCAGUGCGUCCGAGGAUGCCAAACCUAAAGACCUGUCGGAGUCCAGCUGGAUAGAGACGCCUUCCUCCAUUAAAUCGAUCGAUUCAAGUGAUUCUGGAAUUUUUGAGCAGGCGAAACGGAGGCGAAUAUCCCCUUCUGCCACGCCGGUUUCUGAAACUGCGUCUCCGUUGAAAAGCGAAAUGUUAACACCGCGGGAAUGUGAGAAGAAUUGCCCCAAAGACAUUGGCUACUACAGUUUCUACCCACACAGUUAGAAAAUGACUCCAUGCGCAAAACGGUGGCCGCUGUCAAGGUUUUUUUUUUAAAAAAAGGGAAAUUUACAAAAUGUUAAAUAUUGUAAAGCGUAGUAGCAUGGUUACAUUGUAUAUUUAUUUUUAUUUCUCAUUUAUAUAUUCGUUCGUUUGUUUGCCUAUUUGCUUACUUUUGAAUUGGUCCAGAGCUUUUCGAACGAGAUGUUUAAUCAAUUUAUUAUUAUUAUUAUUAUUAUUAUUAUUAUUAUUAUUAUUAUUAUUAUUAUUAUUAGACUGAAAGAGAUUGCCCGAUAGGCUACCUGUUAGUUUUUUCUUCUCAUUGCGAAGGCCAAAUUCAAAUAUAAUUUCCUCGAAACCAUAAAAAUACAUUAAUUUCCCACAAAUGUUUUUCAUUUUUAGAUUGUCAUUGUAAUUAUGAAAAACAAUGCACAGGCAUCUUUAGCUUGUAGUGAUAUUGUGUCAGAUGUAGAGGUAUGUAAAAGUCAUUGAUUGGCAUUUUGAUAUUUCUAAAUCUAUAUUUAAAAAAAAAAAAAACUUUUAUCGCUUUUCUGCAGAUGUAUAGUCACCAGAGUGAUGUGUACUGUUUUCUUGUUUAAAUAAAUGUAAGGAUAUGAGGACAUGAGGACUAAGGAAACGGUUUAGUAAAUCACAAUUUAGAUCGAAGCGUUAGUUAAAAGUCAACGACCUCAUUUGAAUGUGUAGCCUCAUUUUAUAUGUUUGUUUAGAUUUUAGCGGCGUUCAAAUGGCUUGGCAUGUAGAAUAUUACUUGUUCUCAGUUGUACAUUAUUUUAUAAAUACCUUGAAAAUAUCUCCGUAUUUGACCAUUUCAUCUGUCGUGUGAAAAGAACAAAUAUUGUUUUUCCGGCUUUACGGCGUUUUUCGACUUUAGGCUAGUCUGUGUUUCAAAGUGAAUGUUGUGGUUAACAAUGUAUAUGUUGUCAUAGUGCAAACACGAAAUUAAAAAUUCAGAAAAUGUAUUGUCUGUUCAUGGACAUUUGACGAAAAAUACAAUAUAGAAUCUGAUCAUGUUUAUGUUUGAACCACAGUUCUUGAAAUACAUGUGAUCAAUAGCAUACUGUGUUUUUAAAAGGAAAUCAGUCAGUUAAUAAUAAAACAAUUUGAAAUCACGUUA